AAGCCAUCUGUUUCGGGGAGGAAAUAGUUUUCAGUUCUUUUUUCUUCCCUUCCUAAUUAAACUUGUCUUUAAAAGUUAAUUAUUAUUUAACUAUUUCGCUAAUUCUAUCAAGAAAUUAGGAAUUACACAAGUUAACAACAUCGUCUUAAUUAAAGUAGAGUAUUUCAAUUCAAGGGAUGAUUAUAUUUGCCUUUACAAUUUAAUUCUUAUCGUUUAAUUAUUAUUUCCCUAUAAAUUCCACAAAUUAUCAACAUCGUCUUUCUUAAUCUUAAGUAAAGUAGAGUAUUUCAAGUAAAGCUUCGCAAAGCACAACUAUCAACACUAGCUGACCUGCCCUCAUCUCCUCCCCUCAAGGAAAUUUUGCCAAGGAAAAAUCACAAUGGGAAGGUCAAAACGAAUGAGCAGACAGUCACAGCAGAAGCCGCCGCCGCACUACCAGCGGCCGAAGAAGGUCAUCCAAGCUUUCGUCUCGGCCUCGACGACGAUCCACAAUGCUGCCGGCAACACUCCAAAGGAGGAAGACCCUCUCAUCACUGCCGCCAAUCAGGGCGUCGACACAUCGUCCUGUCCCUGUUGUGGCGAAAGGUUUAGAUGCGUCGUGCAAGAGGAUGACGACACGGAUUAUUUUAGCCAGACGGAAACAGAGUCGAGCGGGGAUGAGGAUUCCGCCGCCGAGAUGGACAGCAUGCUCGAAAUGAAUCGGAUGAACAUUCUCCUUUACGAACACGCCCGGACGCAAAGACUCCUCAAGAAAAAUAUCCAUUACGCCAAGAUUCUCAUGUUGCAGAAGAAUAUGCGACAAAAGCAAUCGACCAUUCUACAGCGGACGAACCAACUCAAUUCCAUGUUCACGUCCAACAUUGAGGCCAUCUUGCGACUCAGCGUGUGCGCCAUUAACCUCCGGAAAAGGACCGACCUUCUCAGCAACGGGCUUAUCGAAGUGCACAAACUGAUUGAAGACUGGGACACGAGAAUCGGAGAACUCGCCCCGAUCCCGAAAGCGCUCCUGAAAGACGACAAUUUCGUUCUCCCAUCGGUCCUCGACAUCUUCAAGGAAAAGUUUGGAACUAAUAUCGAGUCCAUGAGUGAGGAGGAGUUUGACCGCGCUCUCAAAAUCAGUAUCGACGCUAUCCCCGACCUACUACCGGACAACGACGCCUUCAACCAAACCGUGGCCAGUCUAGACGUCCAAAAAGUUCGGGCGGAGUGGGAAAAUAAAGAGAAUGAAAUUCUCAGCAAAAUUCAUGACUUGGAAAUCGAACUGGUCGAAGUUAGUGUUGAGUACUGCGUUCGAGGCAACCUUCCAGAAAUCCAGGGGUACGAGUGGGCUCACGCGUUUGGGGAUUCUCCCUCAGAAAGUGCCAGCCUAAUUGGAGGUCAAGGAAUGAUCAAGCUGAAGAAUGGGUACUUCAUCCCGGACCCGGAAAUUCUGGCCGUUGGAUAGUCGUAACAAAAAGGAUCUCUCAAUUAAUCAACGCCAAAAACAACAGUUUAAAAUACCAACCAACUACUCAGAAUUUUUCGGAUUUUGCUGUGAGUUAAAUUUUUUUAUUGUAUCAAAGUUACACGAUUUCCGAGAUAUUUUAAGCAAAAUUAUUCAUUCAGGGUUCUAUUUUUAUUCAAACUUUCUAAAUAUUUUUAAGGUUUAAUCUACAAAUUCAUAGUUCAAAAAGAUGAGCUCUGGUUUAGCUCAUAAGUAUUUUACGUCAAGAUUGUGAUAUUUACGAUUUAUUGGUACCAAUAUUAUUUUGUGUAUCGAUUAUCAGUUAUCGAUCCAUUAUCUAUUUUUAUAAUGAACGUCACCUUACAUACAUUUAACGAGUAACUGGUAAGAAAUGUAACCAUAAAGCCUGAGGAAGUCCCAUAAUAUUUAACUCCAAUUUAUACAAUUAAACGUGAUAUGUAAAUUUCAGGUUUUACGACGUAUUUUAUGCAAUCGAAACUUCAUAUUUCUAUUUUUACUCAGUUUGUAAAUAUUUUCUAACGUCAAGUUUAAUCAGUUUCGUUCCUCAACAAAUUCAUAGUUCAAAAAGAGAAGGUUUAGCUCUGGUUUAGCUCAUAAAUAUUUUUCAUGCGAUACUAAAAAGUAAAAUUUAUUUAUUGCUUGCAAUGUUUAGCGUAUCGAUCAAUUAUCGGUCUUCCUCACAUUAUCUAUUUUUAUAAUGAACGUCACUUUACAAAUUACUGAUAAGAAAUGCAACCAUGUAUUAAGUCUGAAGCAGUGCCAUAACAUUUAACUCCUUAUAAUAAUCCAUUUAAACUAAACAUCAUACAUGUGUAAAUUCGUACUCAAAUAACUUACUAUUUUUUUUACACAAGUCAUUUUAUUUUAUUUUAUUUAUUUUAGGCUAUUUAUUUACAUAUGUAUGUACAAUUAUGAAAAAUCCUACCAAGUCUGAACAGUUUUUUUUAAUCUAAACAUUUUUUCCAAAAUUUUUAAUUUCCAUGUUCAGCUGUAUGUACAUACAUUUCGAGAUAUUAAAUUUCUGCAUGAUCAGAUCAAAUCAAGUCAAA